AUGGGGUAUUCCCCUGUAAGCCCCAGAUAUUCCCCAACAAGUCCUCAGUAUACUCCCGCGAGCCCUAGAUAUUCUCCAACGAGUCCACGGUAUUCUCCCACAAGCCCUAGAUACUCCCCAAUGAGCCCUCAAUAUUCUCCUGCCAGCCCUAGGUACACUUCAUCGUUUGUAGACCGUAGCUCAUCAUUGGGUGGGCGUUAUAGCCCUGGCGACCCUAGCUACCCUAUGGGGAGUAUUCACCGACGAUCUUUAUCGCCACAAACAUUCGUGGUACCCCGUGAGAUAACUGUAGAAGCACUUGCUCGUGCGCAAAGAUUUGACGGCAGUUUCCCUUUGGUAAUCGACCAUAUAGCAAUGCUCUUCAAGACACCUUCCGCUCACUUGGCCAUUCCCACCAUUCCAGCUGCUCUUAUGCGUUUGACGGGAGAUGAAAUGAUAAAGGAGACGAUCUGGGCAACCAUGCUAACAUUGGCCUGUAUGGAGAAGCGCCUAGCCGCACAGAAGGAUGUGUGGGAGUUUAUAGCAGACAAGGCAAGGGAAUAUGUGCACGAGGAGCUACGACAUCUGUAUGGACCAGCAUCAGGUGAUCAAACUAGCGUGAACUCGCUGGUAAAGGAAUUAAAUGAUGCUGCUGCCGAAGCUAUUGGUGUGGGCGGGGAACAAUGA